AACUAAACAAACCCUCAAAUCCUAUCCCCUGUACUCCGAUUUGAUGGCAACUAUGAACGACAAAAAUAUGCCUUCUACAGUAUCACUGCCUCAUAACGACCGUUGCAGCCUCAACAGAGAAGAUGAAGCUACGCCAAAAUCAGAAUCGGCGCUUCCUGGGUUUGAGCACCCGUCAAACGUUUCGGUCACCCUACCACUGCUGUAUGGGAAGAUGACAUUGGCAGAAGCUCUCGAUGAGGAGGACAAUGUGCUCUUUCCAUUAGCAUAUUCCAGUCAACGCGAGGACUUUUUUUUUUGGAUCUACGAGCAUCGCGAAGACUUCAAGGCUCUCGUAUCACUCCAUCUCUCCCUUGCGAAAAGCGAAACAUGCCGAUUUGGAGAUUUCAAGGAGUGGAAACACGGCAGCUUCAAUGUUUGUAUACCGAUAUACAUUGAUAAUUGGAGGAAGUAUCCAAGGAAACGGGUGCUACUUCGGCUACCGCUGCCCUACAAAGUUGGAGAGUCAACAUGUCCCGGCAAUUCAGACGAGAAACUCCGCACCGAAGCCGCUGCCUUCAUCUGGAUUCAAGAAAACUGCUCAGAUGUCCCAAUACCGUUCUUAUGGGGAUUUGGAUUUCCAGGUGGUCAGAGUUUUACGAAGCCCGAAAAUACAUCUUGGAGGACGAGAACGGCUUGGCACAUUCGACGUGCCUUAACAUGGUUCUUUACAUCUACCCUACCUUGUCGAUAUAUAAGCCAUAGCCGUCAAGGCAUUCUAGACCAUGGAUAUCUGAUUAUGGACUAUAUCGAGACUACAGAUGCAGAAUUGCUUUCCGAAUCCUGGGACGAACUCCGCCACAAUCGUGACCUGAGAUCCAACUUCUUUAAAGAUUUAUCUCACAUCAUGCUUACCUUAAGUCAGUUGCCUUUGCCUCGUAUUGGGUCCUGGACAAUAGACGAACGAGGGGUGCUUAUGCUAACAAAUCGACCCUUGGCUCAUCAUUUCCAUUCCCUCGAAAACGAAGGCAUUUUGACCAACAUACCGAGACAUUCAACCUACACGACUACAGAUGCGUACUACACUGAUCUCUUGGCAUGUCAUGAUAGCCGCAUACGAAACCAGCCCAACUCUAUAAUCAGCGAGGAAGAUGGCUUUUCACAGAUGGCAAACCUAUUCACAAUGCGAGGACUUCUUUCCUACUUCACAAGCCGAGACCUUCGGCAUGGGCCAUUUGUUUUUAAUCUCACUGACCUACAUCGAGGCAACAUCUUUGUGGACAGCAACUGGCACAUUAAAUACAUCAUCGAUCUCGAGUGGGCAUGCUCGCUUCCUAUAGAGAUGCUAGCUCCGCCAUAUUGGAUAACCAACCGUGGCGUGGACGAGUUCAAAGGUGAAGAGCUUCAAAAGUUUGAGAGCGCAUGCCAAGAAUUCAUGGACAUAUUCGAAGAAAAAGAGAAAUCAUUUCCAUCUGUGUACGGCAGUGCAGGAUACCGCGCAGACAUCAUGAGAAGAGGCUGGAAGAUCGGAAACUUCUGGUAUUUCCACGCGCUAAAAAGCCCUAAAGGCCUAUACAACCUUUUCGUCCAACAUAUACAGCCAAUAUUUGAGCCGCGACGGGAUAACAGAUUUGCAAAAAUGGUAUCGGCUUACUGGGCUCCUGAUGCGCGGGAGAUUGUAGCUGCAAAACUUUUGGAAAAAAAAAAGUAUGAGCAAGAGUUGCGACAUUUAUUUGAGGCCGGAUAUUCUGUGGAGAAUCCGUAGAUAGAAUCGUGCUGGAUGAUUGUUCCUCUCGCUCCCCGGUGCAACGAAAGUAUUCGAGUAUGUAUUCCCCAGCAGAACCGCUUCGAUAAAUCGAUUAUCAACGCACCAAUUUCAGAGUCCCCACUCCCAGCAGACGCGAAUCAGGAUAUGCAGCAGAGGGACUUCUCGCUCAAGGAGCGGAUAUGUCACCUGCGAAUAAGAAAGACCAGACAUUACUGCACUUGGCAGUGCAGAGCACGUCCGUCGAUGGGGUACCCCUACAAACAUUUGGUCUUUCGGCGCCAUGGUACGUGCAUUAUGUCAGCCCUUUCCGUCACUUUUUGGGUUCAGCACUGAUAAUCUCAUCCAUGCGUAGCUCAUCACCCUAAUUUGGGGUGGGAACUGGUUCGUCUUUAACCAGACGUUCCAGCUGGACAUGAAGAAUACAAGUUGGAUAUUCUCAUGAGGUAGCAUCAGUUUUUUCGACCAUUUCUGCUAUCGUAUAAGGAGAUUGCAGACAAUGAGACGUUAGGAAUUCUCGCCCACGUCAUGCACGGCGUACCAUGAGAAAAUGUGAAGCCCUUCGCACGCAUUACUGAGCAAGAGAUUUCGAGGGAGAAUAAGGCGUUCAUACUUAAGAUUAUGAAGCUGAUCCCACAGACCAAGAACUCCUGCAAGAUGAAUGGUUCACGUCAGUAUAUAUGCUGCGUGUCACGCAUGUCGAGGUAUCCCAGGUUCGAGACCUGGGGGCACAUGAGCUUAAGGAGUCGAGACGGGCCAUGGAGGCCCACCAUGUAGGGUGUGGCUUAAUAUAAACUGUAACUGUAACUGUAAGAUAUUGUGUCGUGUAGGAUUGCGGUGCUUUUCGAGACAGGAGCAUCGGAUUGCUUCAACUACGCUAUUGUAUUGGAGCCUAACUUGGUCAGGACCGCAAAUCACAUGGCAUUGUGCCCCACCACUAUGCAAAGUCUCGCAAACGACGGAUAACCUCGUCAUGCUCCCGAAUUUCAACCAAGAGAUCAAACACCAUCCAAGGUUGUCUCCGAGGGACAACGAUGACUCAGUUUCUCUGCCUGACUAGCUCUGCCAAACGCUACUGCGCCCUUCGUUAAGUGGCCAGCAAGCUCGAAAACGGCGGUAGACCCGUGCGCGCGCGUUCCCCGAUCAACGCCAACACGACUCACCUUCCACAAGAAUGGCACAGGCGAGGGUUGGUAUGUCGUCGCGAGCUGAACAUAUGGAUCGCUGCCGAUUUGAAAUGCAAGUUCCUCGACAUCAGCACCAUUGGCGGCACUCGCACGGUUGUUGGGGGCGAGACACGGCGAUCCACAGCAUAUAGUAUAUAUAAUGCAGUAAUCAAUUCAAUCAUCCUACCUAUUCU